GGAGAACCUUAACAAGAACAAUCCGAGAAUGAGAUAGCCAGUGCACAUACACACACAAUACAUUGUCGAGAAAAGAAAAAAAAAAGUGUUCGCAGCAAGGGAAAAACGAAUAAGAAGAAGAAGAAGAAGAAUACGAAUAAGCAAAAGCAGGCAGAAGCAGGCAGUAGCACAAGCACACACAGCACAGUACUCUGUGUGACCGAGCAAUUUCGUGUGUGAGAGCAAGAAAACUAAGAACGAAAAUUUUACAUUCACAAGAGUGCGAGAACUGAAAACGAAAACAGACACUGCUCGUUUAAUGUGUAACGCGCGUUUAUAAUUGUGUUGUAAAGUGAAAAAUUCUAUUUAACUCUAGUUUCGAAAUAACAAUAAAUUUUCAUUUUAUGUGCAACAUCACAAAAAACGCCAUACAAUUUAAGUGAACACCACGUAUGAAAGAACACUGAUCAAAUAGUAAUGUGUGUUGUUUUUUGAUUGAAAAAGAAGGUUUUUUAUCGAACACGCACAUAUAGCAGCAACAAUCAGAAGACACAUCGAACAAAACGUGAAAAGCAAUAGAAAUCACACGGUGGAAAAUCAAGUGUUUUGUGUGUAGUGAAUGAAAAGUGUUAGUCAUUUGAAGAAAAACAGUGCAAGCAAAAUAGCAACUCAACGAGCUCAACAACAAUAAACAAUCGGAGAAAAGGAACCGAACCAACAAAAAUGCGAUAGCUAUGACUUCGAGUAUUGGCGAGCAGAGUUUCGGGAUUGAAGUACAAGUGUGCAACAUUGAGAAUAGAAGGUCCACCACCAUUGAAUAUAGAAGAAAAAAAAGUGUGUUUUAAAUUGGUACGGGUUCCUUUACUGUGCUAAUAAGGAAAAUGAAAUAAUUUCAGUUGCCAUUGAUGAAUGUGAAUGUUGAAAAUGGAUUGACCUGAAGUGGUUAUUAUAAAGUGAAAUGUAUUUGAGAUGUGCAGAACGAUGGGAUAGCGCAAAGUUUAGAUUCAGAAUAGAUGAAGUCACUGUGUAAAAUAAAUUAAAAAACAAACAACCGUAAAUAAAUCGUUCCAAAUUUAAAAUAAAAAAGAGAGAAAAAUUUAACAAAUUAACCCAAUUUAAAUAAUAAAAAAAAAAUUGUUGAUACGAUUGCGAUUACUGUUGAAUAAUAUAAAGCAAAAAAAAUAUAUUCAUAGUGUUAAUGUUUGUAUUAUAUUUUGUGUUUCGUGCGUCGAAAGCUAGUUUGUGAUUGUGUGAUUAAGUUCAUUUUGAUUUAGUUCAAACAAAAUACAAAAAAAGAAAUUGGUUGAAUGAAUACACUUGAUAUCAAAUCGAAUUGCGAAUGCGAUGCAUUUGAUUUGUUUAAUUGGCAAUCGUGUAUCAAGUCGUGCUAACGGUAACAGUUCAUUGGAGGUCGUAACGUAGAAUGUCUUGCAGCGUAGCGGGAGUGAUUCGAUCAAGUGUUCGAUUGCGUGGUUCAUCACAAGGUACUAGUGGAGGUUCUAUUAGUGGAUCGUCCACUGCAAUUCACGGUACCCAAAAUAUGGGAGGCCCACCACAACCCGAAUCAAAUGAAAGGUGCUGUAUAUGCUGGUGCUGUUGCUGGCGCUGCUCAUGGCUUUCAAAUUUACUAAACUUUUGCCGUAACGUGCUAACACGCAAAAAACCGAAUACGAACAGGAUUCAAAGAUGGUUUUGCAAAUGCGGUAGAGCCGUGGGUAAUGCGGUAGAUAAUGGUACAGCAAAAAAAGAUCCAUCCAAUGCAGAGCAGCUGCUGUUGGAGCAUGAACAGCAACCACCGCCAACACUGGAUGAAAUUCGUAGCUGGGGUAAAAGUUUCGAUAAGUUAAUGCAUAGUCCGGCCGGUCGUAAGGUGUUUCGUGAUUUUCUUUGUUGCGAAUAUAGCGAAGAGAAUAUAUUGUUUUGGUUGGCCUGUGAAGAGCUAAAAGUAGAAACAAGUACCGAAAAAAUCGAAGAAAAAGCACGACUUAUUUAUGAAAAUUAUAUAUCGAUAUUGUCCCCAAAAGAAGUAUCAUUAGAUUCUCGAGUUAGAGAAGUAGUUAAUAGAAAUAUGGUAGAUCCAACGCCUAACACAUUCGAUGAGGCUCAAAUACAAAUUUAUACAUUAAUGCAUAGAGAUUCGUAUCCAAGAUUUGUGAACUCAACGAUAUAUAAAGGAAUUGCGCAAUUCGAAAGCCUCUCGGCGUCCGGUUCGAAGGCAUCUGAAAGUCCAACUUAGAAAUUCUUUUAAUUUAACAAACCAACAAACGGAUUAUCAAAAUAUAUUACAUUUAAAUUUAUAAACAAAGAAAAAAAACACUUCACAAGAGCACGAUUAGAGUUUAAAAAUUAGUCAAAAUCACCACAAAUCGUACCAAGUUCAAACAAAUGAAAAUAUUAAGUGGGAAAAAAAUUUAACGUAAAAAAUUAUAUCUAUAAAAUUUCACAUCCUCGCCCCCCCAAAAUCAAGUAAAUUUAUUAGAUGAGUAUUAAAAUUAGAGCAUAAAAGUAUCUGAGAAAAAUGAAAACACACAAAUUAAAUGCACUAUGGACGCAAUGAUGCGAUUGCGCGCGCACGCACAACUUAAACGAAAACCAAAUUACAUGAAAUGGAACAAACAGACAAAAAUAAUAUAUAUAUCUACAAAGGAGUAAACAAUCACAAUAUGGAACACGAUAGAUAUGAAUCCAAUUCCCUUGCACCUCUUCAAGUUCCUUCUAUCCGACAAAAAUCGAGCAAAAACACAACCUGCAAAUUCGAUGCGACAUUCUUGACAUUUUGGCUUGCUGCAAUAUCACUUCUUUAAAGUCGCGUGUGUCAAGCUCUUCUCUCUUCUUCGUUUUCAUUCAAUGCAAUGGUGACAUUGGCACAAUUACAAAUCGUUCGGUUCAUCAAAUGAAUCAUGAAUAAAAAACACACACACAUGACAGUGUGUGAAUGAGUGUAUUUCAAGAGUAAUACUAUGUUUUUGACGGAGAGCGAGAGAGAGAGAGAGAGAGAGAGAGAUAGAGUGAUUACUUCAAUGGAAAAACAAUUCGCAUAACGUAGCAAAUGACAAUUUUUGUUGUUGUUGUUGCCGUUGUUAAACAAGUGGACAUGUUGAAAUACAAAAACAACAAAAAAAACAGUAUUACUUCAUCAGCACUGUAUUUCGGCAUUCAAUCACCAACAUCCGUUUAAAAAUUUAAAUGCAAAAAUAUGGAAUUCGAACAAACAACAUUUCAAAUAUAAAAAAGCUUGAUACAAUGAUCAUUUAAAGUGGUUUACAUAAAACUUUUGCUGUUGACCCAAAUAAAUGUUCAACGAAUGCGAACCCUUGUGGAAAUAUUUCGACUUCAUAGUCGACUAAAAAUUGACUAAAUUGGGACAAAAAUGGCUGAUAUUUCAGCCAGCUAAAGUUAACUAUAAGUGACUAUAUGCGUCUUCGUCUAAUUUGAGUUGAGAAAUGUGGAUUGUGAUCAUACAUUAACUACGGUUAACUAACUAUAAGUAUAUGAAAUUGACUUUUGUCAACUAUGUUGACUAUAAUCACUUUUAGUUAACUCUGAAACAUAACCGACUAUAUUCGAUUUCAAUCAUCUAUUGGUAAUUUUAACCGAAUAAAAGUGAUUAAAAUUGACUUAAUUUAUAGUCAGUCAGUCAUUUUUUUUCCACAAGGGAAUAAAAAAAAAUAGAGAUGAUGUUGAAACGAAUGUAAAAACGCUACAAACGACAAAAAGCAGCUAUUUCUCUUACUUAGAACAACAACAACAACAAAAAUAAAACCAUCCCUCACUUCUCUCCCCAUCCAUCCUCAAUUAAACGGUGUAGAAUGCUACAGAGAUUGGAUAUGAACAAACACCACAGCAAAUGCAAAUUGAAAUUCACAUAUCUUGUGACGUGUCUCCUCUGAAAUAAACUGCAAUAAACUUUGCAUCAAAAUCAAACGCCCACAAACAAACACCAAACGAAAUUUGUGAACCGCUAUCCCCCGACCUUUUAUGGAAAAAACAUGAACUAAGCGAACUUAUGAAUAUACCACACGAGAAACCAAUUUGGAACAAAGAAAAAAAGAGAUGGAAAAAAAUCUUAAGCAUAUUAAAAAUAAAACCGCAUAUAGAAAUUCAUAAAAGAGAUAAACAAUUUGGAAUCUGAAAUCGACAAAAAUCGAACAUCAUUACGAGUAUUAUUAUUAAAUUGAACAUUAAAUCAUUGACAAAGACAAACAAAUCAACAAAUAUUCUAGUAACGAAAUAAUUAGCAAAUUGUGUGAGUGUGUGAUACGGGCCUAAGAUCUAUUUCUACGUCGUUUUUUAUUUUAUUUUUCAUCCGAACAGUACAGCCAGUGAUGUUUCUUGGAAAUUCGUUGUUUAUUUUUUGAGAUUUUCUUUCUGAUUCAUUUAAAAUGAUACGAAUGUGAGAGUCGCUCGUUCAAAUAUCGAAAGUGUGUUAGAAACGGGCACUGCACAAAUGGCAAUUGAUUCAAUGUGGUUCCCAUUCGAUUGAAAUCGAUUUGUUCUUUAUUCAAUUUAAACUGUCCGCGUGUGUAUAACAUUUGAAAUGCAGUGCCGGUGCGGAUAGGUGGUAAAUGAUGUCAUCAAGACUGGCCACUUUGUCGUUUGGAUCGUACAUUAAACUUCAAUUUAUCUGUUCGUGGGUGGCAAUGUACAAAAUGCUGACAAAAGGAUAAUACGAAGCGUAUCCGUGUGAACCUCUUUUGUGCAUUCACUUCUUCGAAAAUGUGUGUUCUUUUCGUAUCUUUUUUCGUCGCUAAUUUCAAAACCGGUACAAAAUCGUUUCUUGGAUAUAAAAAAACAAUGUGUGAUAUCUACCUAUCAAAAUGUUUACCCAGUUCUUUUCGUCUUGGUCACAACACAAAAGGAAAAUAUUAGAAUAAUAUAAAUAUAAUAUCUAAAAAAGAAAGCAGAAACUAAAAGAGAAAAAUAAAAUAGCAAAAAGAAAAAAGAAAAAAAAAAUGUAAUCGGCUGUAAGCAGACCAAAUAAGCAACUUAAACAAAUUACCAAUUUAGAAUAAAUCGAUGUAUUUAAAACUACUACUUUUGCAUGUUAAAGAAAAAUACUUAAUUUUCGAUGCGAUUUUUUAGCCUUCUGAAUUGAAUUCAUCGGUCGUCAUUUAGAUAUCGCAAGAUGAUGGUUGACAUUCAUUGCUCUGUCUUUAUCUCUUUCUCUCUUCCACACACGCCCAAACAUUGAAGUGCAUACGAGCUAAAUCUCAUUUAGAAAAUGCUGAACAAAUGUUGUUUCAAAUUCAGGAAGAUAUAUGACGGCAUUAAAUGUGAGACACAAUUGCAAAGCUCACGUGAUCGCAUCGAGUUCGCCCGAGCGUAUCACAUCAAUUUCAUGUUCUUUGCGCCAACUGAAAAUAUCACGGUAUUUGUCAAGAUAUUGGAAAAUUAAAGAGAACAAAACAAAACAAACAAAUUUAUAUGCCACCAUUGUGUUUUUGUAUAAUUGAUAUGUUGUAUUGUACAGUGCAUUUUCUAUUAAAAGAAUUUAAUAUUAUGUGUAGUAGCAUUUAAAUUGGCAUUCAUCGCAUGGAUAAUAGGGUGGAACUAUUUUUCAAAUUUGAUGUCAUAUCUCGAUGGCCACUUGGAAAAACAUGUCUUAUGGUCUCCAAAUUCAAGAUAUGAAAGAAUUUUCAACUUCCUAUUUGAUAUGAUACAGCGUCUUGAAAAUCCAAGAGAACCAUUUUAAUGAAAAAUCAUAAUAAUUGCGGAAAAUCACCGUGAAAACUUGUGAAUCUUAUUAAAUACAUAAUAUCAGCAAGUUUGAUGACAUUUCAAUCGAAAUUUCAAUUUUUUUCGUAUUUGAGCUAGAAAACAAGAAUUUUUUAUGGUAAAUUUCAUAGAACUUAGUGAUGUUUUCUAUUUUGGUGAGAAAAUAAAAUUCAUACGUUUUCACGAUGAUUAGGCUACCGCAUUUUUUUAUGAUUUUCCAGUAAAACGGUCCUCUUGUAUUUUCAAGUCGCUGUCUUAUAUCAAAUAGAAAGUUGAAAAUUCUUUCAUAUCUUGAAUCUGAAGACAAUAAGACAUCGAAGUGGCCGCAAUAUUAUGUCGAAAAUGUUCCACCCUAAUGGAUAAGCGUCACGUGAUAUUUUGUUAUUUGAUUUGAUUUCGGUUUGAAAUCACAAACCAUCACUCGAAUGAUUUGACCUUCAAAAGUUUCAACGGAUUGUCAAGUUUGUUGGGGCCUCAAAGAGCGUACCAUAGGGAAGUUACUUUGAAUUGGAUUCCACCCCAAUCCCAAGUUUCGGAAAAAGUGAGUGCUUUCAAAUUCCUUAUGGUCCCGAACUUUUUCUUCCUUGGAAUCAAAGAAAUCAUUUCGGGAAGGCCAGUUUUGGUUGUGAGUUUUCUAUAUAAACGAACCUAGUUAAUACAUUAAGCUUCGGUGUUUAUGAAAAUGGCAAGCAUAUACAAUUCCAUUUAGGCAACUCCUGUGAGUUCAUCAGUUCAAAAAUCAAAUUCAAUUCGAAAAAUGAAACAAUUUGCCACAAAGUCUAUCUGGUGAAUGACAAUUUGAAUGCUCAAAUUAUGUCAUUGAACUUAUAACCCAAAAAAUAACAAAAAAUUAUAUAUAUAUAUAAAUAAAUAAAAUAUAUUUAAAAAAAAUAAAAGAAAAAAUAACAUGAACAAAUUCUAUAGAUCUAGACGUUUAAGAAAUUUUUCACAAACACACACAAACACACAAAGAAUAUGUGAUUUAAAGCAAAAACAAACCAAAAAAAAUUAAUAGGAAAAUAACAUUUAAUGAUCUAAUAUGAAAUACACAAAUGUCACAGC